AAUCCAUUUACAUACAGGACCAUACGGAUCUAUCUUGUAAUCUACCAAUAGUCCUUUUCUUUUAUUUACUUUGACCUCAGCUGCCUUUCUAAUUCUAUGCUGUGUAAAUUUUAGCCAACACAUCAAGAAGUCUCUACACCCUCGGGCUUGACAAUUCCUUAUUUACUCUGUGUCAGUGGGGCUAUUCUGUGCGGCGUGAUAGACUCGUUUUUGUCCAGUAUCCAUUGUGUUAAGCUCUGGAUACUGCUGCAUCAUUGGCAGCCAGAGGGGGAAUGAGCUACUUCUAAGACUGCAGUGAGAGACCGAGCUCGGACUAUAAAAGGAGGGAGACCAAAGCGCCAGUUCACCUCCACCUCCAGAAGACGCAGGAGCAGGAAAAUGUUUGCACGGUUCAUCUUCGUCCUGACACUGCAUCAGGUGCAGUCUGCCUGUGUCCUGCAAGACAUUUGCACAGAAAGCCCAGCAGUUCAGGCUGAGAUCGUUGCCCAGCACAAUGCCUUCAGGAGAGCCGUUCAGCCUACUGCUUCUGACAUGCUGAUAAUGAAAUAUGAUGAGGCGGUAGCAGUCAGUGCUCAAGCCUGGGUUGACAAAUGUAUUCUGGCUCAUGGAGCACCCAGCACCCGCAUGCUCAAUGGAUAUGAGUUAGGUGAGAAUCUGUUCUAUUCAUCCUCACCUUUCUCAUGGACGACCGUCAUCAACACCUGGCACAGCGAGGUGUCUCGCUACUUGUUCCCCAAUGGCUCCACCAAUGGUCAACCAGUUGGUCACUACACACAGGUGGUGUGGAACAGCUCCUACAGAGUCGGCUGUGGCGUGGCAAAGUGUCCUAACAACAUCUAUUUCUAUGGCUGCCACUAUUAUCGAGCAGGAAACUUCAAGGGUUGGCGACCUUACACAGCUGGACCCCCGUGUGGUUCCUGUCCCAAUGACUGUGAAGACAAACUCUGCACCAACCCCUGUCCUUUCAUCAACGAAUUCCUCAACUGUCCAACACUGAAAACAAUAUUUGGAUGCAGCAACAAGCUGGUGUACGCCUGGUGUCCUGCUUCAUGCAAAUGCACCAAUGAAAUCAUUCCAAUAGCCUAAGGAUAAGCUCUUGAAUGUGCAAGCUGACUUAAACUGUACAUAAUAUUUACAUUUUUGCUAGUUCUCUGUCUGUAAAGUAAGCUGCUGUAACUGCGCUGUAUUUCUUGUAAGUUUAUUAAGAUAUCCAUGACAGAAGCAAAGCAUGUGUGUCUGGAAAAAUCACGUUUAUUCUUGAUUGCUGUAAGCUAAAUGUUUGUUUUAACAGUGUUUUAAAAUACUGAUUUCAAGUAAAAAUCCCUUGUGAUUCUUUACCAGGGUUGCAGGUUGUCAUAUAUUAUCUCACAUUCGGCAUGAUGAAUCGCAGAAAUGUGUCAGGACAAGCAAGAAGUACAGGUUUACUGUUAAACCACUGAAGCCUAAGAGAAUAUAAACCAUACAA